AUGGCCGCAGCCGUUAACGCCCUUUUUAAUACCGCGCGUUGGCAGGCAUUUGCCGUCAAGAACCCACCGGUGCUAGAAACCUUUGAAUGGUGCGCAGCAAACAAGAAUAUCGACAUCCGGGAUGUCGAAGAUGCAUUUGGCCUUCGUAAACAGUCUAUCCAUUCACGAGAAAACCAACCCUGGCCGCCACACAAUCCACGUCGGCUUGAUCUACCAGAGACAGCCAAAGACAUGCUUGUGAUUGUAGGAAGAUAUAUGCAUCGAUCAGCAGCCAAUGAGGCUGCGGCUAGAUGUAUUAUCAAUAUCGUGCUUUUCGCUGUGAUGGACACAUUUAUGGGUUCAGACGACUCCGAUGAUGAUGACGGUAUGAGAGUUGAUACCUGGCCACUCAACAUUCAAGCGGAGACGUCACUGGAGUCCCAAAUUGUGAUGGUUGACGGCAAGAAGAGAAAGUUUCGCGGCCUCUGCGACUACUCGUUAUGGUAUGGCGACCGCCGCAAGCCCGAGGAAGCCAUCCACCUAGUCGUGGUGGAGGCAAAGCGCACCGGCGUUUUAGACACUGGCUUCUCUCAGACCCUCAUAUAUAUGGGAUGUAUUCACCAAGAACGUCUCCGUACCGAAGGGCGUUCGGCCGUCAUCUAUGGAGUGAUGUCAGACGGGGUGCAGUGGAAAUUUAUCCGGAUCAACCAACAGGGGGAACACGCUAUGAAGGUCUAUGAUACAGGAGAGCCAGGCGGUUAUACACAUAUCGCAACCACACUUGCGUUUAUGAUGCAGGAGGCGGUUACGCUUUCACCUUACGCUUCCAAGAACCACUCAAAGGAAGCGUCUCGCGAAGAAUGA